AUGCUCCUGAUCGGAAACCAAAAUGCCAACAGUAUCUGGGAAGCAUUGAAGCCAGAGAACAAACCAGAGUGGAAUACGGAUAAGGAGACAAGACACCAAUUUAUUUAUGCAAAGUAUGUUCAAAAGAGGUUCAUGAAACCCAGUGAAGGUGCUCCAUCUAUGCAACUGCUAGAAGCACUUGAAAGUAAAAAUGUGUUAAAGGCAUUAGAAGCUAUUGCACAUGGAGCUGAUGUAAAUGACCCUUAUCCAGUGGACAUGCUAUCCAACCCUGUGUCACUUGUACCAUCUUCCAAUGUUUUCUUACGUCUGCCUGUCUUGGAUGUGCAAGGUAAUCCUUAUCCUGAUAAGGUGAUUGAUAUAUCUAUUCCGCCGCAAUCAGCACCCAAGACCAAGAAAGAGUAUUAUGUGAUCAGGUACCCGAUACAUCUUGCAUUAUAUCAUCAUGACUUUACUAUGGCCGAGCUUUUAUUUCAGUAUGGAUCAGAUACUCAUAAGCUAGAUGAAGUAACUGGAUGUUCAUUGGCUGAUCUUAUCGGUUAUGGUCAUCAUGUCCUUCAAGAUGAUAUAUUCGAGUAUUUAAAUAACAAGAAUCGAUCAAGAGGACAAGCUCUCAUAAGCAAGCUAAACCAUAUUCCAUCAAAAUAA